AUGUCCUUCCAAGCAACCCCUGCGGACGUGUCCGUCAUCAUCUCAACAGCAUCAGCAACACAAUCCUCGUCGAAUGAACCAUCGCUAGCUACAGAGCGACGUAUCACACCGUCAUGGAGCAUAUCUCAACUCAAGGGAAAGCUGGAGACUAUGACCGGUGUUCCGCCCGGUAGUCAACGACUGUUAUUCAAGUCUCCAGGACGACCGGAUCAGUGGAUUGAAGGGGAAGACAGAUUGAUUGGCGAGUGGGGAUUGGUGAGGGGAUGUGAAAUUGAGGUCCAUGAUACACGCCCAGUCGCAGCAAGACUCAAUUUUACGGAUUUGUCAUCUGUCGAGAAAUAUGAAAUMCCCGCCGAGAAAUACGAAUCCUUGAAUAAUUCGGUGCUUGCUUGGAAGAAGUCUCAAAAGCUAGGCAGAUUCGAUCCGAACGCGCAAUCGCCGGAGGACCUCUUGCAUCAGCAGGUAGCAAAGGAUAUUGAAGCAAUUGAGAAGAAAGAUAUAAAACUCCUUGCUCGAGCAAUCAUUCUCCCCUCUUCACCACCACAUAUCCGUCGCGGUACCAUUCGAUACAUCGGCCCAGUUGCUGAAAUCCCAUUUGCUCCGCUCAAAGACAAGAAAUUCACAACCGAGGAUGGUCACCCUCUUGAACCGUUUUGGGUUGGCAUUGAGCUGGAUGAGCCCACGGGCAAAAAUGAUGGAAGCAUAGCUGGGAAGAGAUAUUUCGAAUGUGCGGGUAAUAACAGAGGGGUCUUUGUGAAGCCGGAGAAGGUGGAAGUAGGUGAUUUUCCGCCGUUGGAUUUGGAUCUGGAGUUGGACGAUGAUAUGGAGGAGAUUUAA